AUGGCGUUUUCUGUCGGUAAUUUUCAGCUUCCAGACUUUCCUCUGUUUGAAGAGAUGGGCGAAAGCCGGUCUGGUCAAACUUCUUCGUCAACUGCAAUUCAAGAUGACUCUACGCAUAACGCUGCUGUUAAACCCAUUCCAGACUCUCAAGAUACGAAAGACGGAAGUAAUUCUCUGUUCGAGACUUCGAUCGAGCAACCAUACUCACAAGAUCACUAUUCCGCCAUCCAAGAAAAUUUCUUUGCGUAUAGUCCACCCCAGCCUGUCGAACAUUCCGAUCUUGUCCCUUCCGAAGGCCUUGAAGUACCCGGUUAUCCUCAAGUUCGUUUUUACAGCAAUCCUUCUCUUGGCGAAUAUUAUCAGCUCGGCAACUCUAUAUUUAAACCGUUGAAGCAGUUUUACCCUCAUACACUGCAACCAGUGGAGCCUGAGUAUCAACCUGCUCACGCUUCGUUUCGGUACAUGGACACUCCAUACCCAACCUCUUUUUCCGAGUCUCCGCACACGUACAAGCUUAAGCCGAUAAACGCGACACAAGAUUCUCACACGCAUAAAAAAGAAAUCCAAUAUCCUCACCCGUCAACAGAAAAACAAACCUCCCACACCGAUGAAGAAGAUUUACCGCAACCUCACACACCAAUCGAAACACCAUCAUCGCUCGCUCCCCAUCAUAUACCAGUUACAUCUGCAGAAGUCUCAGCUCAAUACCACGCAGCCAACUCACCAUACCGCAACCGCCCUCGCCAGAUUCGAGAUCUCUCCGGUUUCACCUCCCCAGAUCCAGCAUACAUAAACUGUCAAGUCGGCGAACCAUGUUACCCCGCCCCCCUCAAGAUCCCCUAUUGCGCAAAAACAACACAAGAGCUACUCACCCACAUGCGAGACUGGCACAACAUACACCCUAAGGAGGAGAUGGCGGGCACAUGUCGACGAUGUAAAUGUAAAUGGUAUUUCAACUGGGAUCGCGAGCGUCAUUAUGAGUCUGAAGCGCAUGUUGAGGCUGUGUGGAGGAAAGCUGCUGGACCGUCGAUUUAUUCUAAGGGAAAAGGAAAGGGGGUUAAAGGUGGAGGGGAGAGUGUGAGUGGUGGAGGGGUGUAUAUUCCUGGUCAUGACUUUUUUGCGAGAGGGCCUGAGGGGUAUAAGGAGAGAGAACAGGUGCAGAAGGAGAGGGAACAUAUAGAGAAGAUGAGGAAGAGGAUGACGAUAGAGGCGGAGAAUAGUGGGGGGAGGAAGCGAAUUCGUGUAUGA